CUGAGGGGCCUUAUGGGUUCAGUAUUUAUAGCCGUUUUCCUAAAGAAAGAGUAUCUUGCCCGCUUCUCCUGCAAGGAAGGAUUAAAUUUGUAAUCGGCGUGAAACCCGACCGCUCACGCUAGCUUUACCCAAGCCCCGCCCCUCGGCCAAACUUUCCAAAGGGGGCGGUCCUCCUGAAGAAAGGAAAGUGAAAUUGAACCGGAGCCAUUUCGCAGCCCAGCUCCCGACCCAGGCCUGUCCCGAUUCCAGAGGCGCCCCUUGUGUCUGGGAGGCCGACGGCCCGCGCUGGGGAGGGUCGCGCUGCCGGCGAUUGGAUGCCCGGACAUGCCUGAGGCGCGCCAUGGACCCGAGGCAGGGGUGUUCCCUCAACAAAUAUCACCCCCAUCCAGUUCAAGGCUAUGAGCACAGCAAUCUCAGACACCAGCAGCCGGGGCUGGGAUCUCAUCCUAAUAGUUUCCAGCUCCAGCAAAUAGAGUUUCUCAAGGGGCGGCUCACAGAAGUACCCUUAAUUGGAAAGCAGACACCGUCACUGCCACCGUUCUUCCCUGGACUCCAGCCAAGGUUUCCAGGACCACCUGCCAGAGUCAGGCAACAAGAGAUCUGGGGUGUCCCCAGGGGAGUGCCUCUCAGAAGUCAGGUGCUCCCGAGAAGUUUCCAGCAUCCUUCCCCACGUGGCUGGGUUCGUCCAUGGAGAGGCAUUGAUAGGCUCUCCUCACAUUUCCAGGAACUGACUAUCAGCCAGGAACAAAGGAUCUUGGGGCUCUUGGAGGAGCUUGGGGAAGGGAAGGUCACCACAGCGCAUGAUCUGGCUAGGAAGCUCCAAGCCCCAAAGAAGGAAAUCAAUCACAUCUUAUACUCUCUGGCAGAAAAGGGUAAGCUGCAUCGGGAGGCAGGAACGCCACCUCUGUGGAGAACUGCAGCACCAGCUCAGGCUUGGAGCCAGCCCAGGCAAGUAUCAAGAGCAGACAGCCACAGCCAGAGAGUCCCAAGCACAGACCCCAGUUGGGAAACUGGGGACAGAAGCCCCACAUCUGGUUUAGAAGAUCCUCCUGAGCCUCUCGACAUGGCUGAGAUCAAGGAAAAGAUCUGCGACUACCUGUUUAAUGUGUCCAACUCCUCUGCCCUGAAUUUGGCUAAAAACAUUGGCUUCACCAAGGCCCGAGAUGUGAAUGCCGUGCUGAUUGACUUGGAGAGGCAGGGAGAUGUCUAUAGGCAAGGGACGACCCCUCCCAUAUGGUAUUUGACUGACAAGAAGCGGGAGAGGAUACAAAUCAAGAGAAACAUGAACAGUGUUCCCGAAACCACUCAAGCUGCUAUCCCGGAGACCAGAAAAGUCACAGAGCUCCCCACCUGCCACUUAGCCGUGUCAGACACCUCAAACAGCACGGUCACCACAGAAAAAGUGGAGAAUGGGCAGGAACCUGUUGUAAAGUUAGAACCUAAGCAAGAAGUCACACCAGAACCAAUAAAACUGAAACCACCUGCUCAUGAACACGGCCCCCCAAGAACAGGGUAUGUUGACUUUGAAAAUGGCCAGUGGGCCACAGAUGACAUCCCCGAUGACUUGAACAGUAUCCACGCAGCACCAGGUGAGUUUCGAGCCAUCAUGGAGAUGCCCUCCUUCUACAGUCAUGGCCUGCCACGGUGUUCACCCUACAAGAAGCUGACCGAGUGCCAGCUGAAGAACCCCAUCAGCGGGCUGUUAGAAUAUGCUCAGUUCGCUAGUCAGACCUGUGAGUUCAACCUGAUAGAACAGAGCGGACCACCCCAUGAACCUCGAUUUAAAUUCCAAGUUGUCAUCAGUGGCCGAGAGUUUCCCCCAGCUGAAGCUGGCAGCAAGAAAGUGGCCAAGCAGGAUGCAGCUAUGAAAGCCAUGACAAUUCUGCUUGAGGAAGCGAAAGCCAAGGACAGUGGAAGAUCAGAAGAAUCCUACUACUCCUCCUCGGAGAAAGAGUCAGAGAAGACUGCAGAGUCCCAGACUACCACCCCUUCAGCAACAUCCUUCCUUUCUGGGAAGAACCCCGUCACCACACUGCUUGAGUGUGUGCACAAGCUGGGGAGCUCCUGUGAAUUCCGCCUCCUAUCCAGAGAAGGCCCUGCCCAUGACCCCAAGUUCCAGUACUGUGUUGCAAUGGGAACCCAUACUUUCCCCACUGCGAGUGCCCCCAGCAAGAAAGCGGCAAAGCAGAUGGCUGCAGAGGAGGCCAUGAAGGCCCUGCACGGGGAGGCAACCAACUCGACAUCUUCUGAUGACCAGCCCGGAAGCACGAACACGGAAUCAUUUGAUAACCUGGAAUCUGUGAUGCCCAACAAGGUCCGGAGGAUUGGUGAGCUCGUCAGAUACCUGAACACCAACCCCGUGGGCGGCCUGUUGGAGUACGCCCGCUCCCACGGCUUCGCGGCUGAGUUCAAGCUGGUCGACCAGUCCGGGCCUCCUCAUGAGCCCAAGUUCGUUUACCAAGCGAAAGUUGGGGGGCGCUGGUUCCCAGCCGUCUGCGCGCACAGCAAGAAACAAGGCAAGCAGGAAGCGGCAGAUGCGGCUCUGCGCGUCUUGAUCGGGGAGAACGAGAAGGCAGAGCGCAUGGGUUUCACAGAGGUAACCCCAGUGACAGGGGCCAGUCUCAGAAGAACUAUGCUCCUCCUCUCAAGGUCCCCAGAGGCACAGCCAAAGACACUUCCUCUCACGGGCAGCACCUUCCACGACCAGAUAGCCAUGCUGAGCCACCGGUGCUUCAACGCCCUCACCAACAGUUUCCAGCCCUCCUUGCUUGGCCGCAAGAUCCUGGCUGCCAUCAUCAUGAAGAAAGACUCUGACGACCUGGGUGUCGUGGUCAGCCUGGGGACAGGGAAUCGCUGUGUGAAAGGAGAUUCUCUGAGCCUAAAGGGAGAAACCGUCAACGACUGCCACGCAGAGAUCAUCUCCCGGAGAGGCUUCAUCAGGUUUCUCUACAGCGAGUUAAUGAAAUACAACCCCCAGACCGCGAAGGACAGUAUAUUCGAGCCUGCUAAGGGAGGAGAAAAGCUCCAAAUAAAAAAGACCGUGUCGUUCCAUCUCUAUAUCAGCACGGCCCCGUGUGGGGAUGGUGCCCUCUUUGACAAGUCCUGCAGUGACCGGGCUGUGGAGAGCACAGACUCCCGCCACUACCCUGUCUUUGAGAAUCCCAAGCAGGGCAAGCUCCGCACCAAAGUGGAGAACGGAGAAGGCACGAUCCCAGUGGAGUCCAGUGACAUCGUGCCUACGUGGGACGGCAUUCGCCUCGGGGAGAGACUCCGAACCAUGUCCUGUAGUGACAAAAUCCUACGCUGGAACGUGCUGGGCCUACAGGGGGCGCUGUUGACCCACUUCCUGCAGCCUGUGUAUCUCAAAUCAGUCACACUGGGUUACCUUUUCAGCCAAGGGCAUCUGACCCGGGCCAUUUGCUGUCGUGUGACAAGAGAUGGGAGUGCAUUUGAGGAUGGACUACGACACCCCUUUAUCGUCAACCACCCCAAGGUUGGCCGAGUCAGUGUAUACGAUUCCAAGAGGCAGUCCGGGAAGACCAAGGAGACAAGCGUCAACUGGUGUUUGGCUGACGGCUAUGACCUAGAGAUCCUGGAUGGGACCAGAGGCACCGUGGAUGGGCCACGGAAUGAAUUGUCCCGGGUCUCCAAAAAGAACAUUUUUCUUCUAUUUAAGAAGCUCUGCUCCUUCCGGUACCGCAGGGAUCUACUUAGACUCUCCUAUGGUGAGGCCAAGAAAGCUGCCCGUGACUACGAGACAGCCAAGAACUACUUCAAAAAAAGUCUGAAGGACAUGGGCUAUGGGAACUGGAUAAGCAAACCCCAGGAGGAAAAGAAUUUCUAUCUCUGCCCAGUGUAGUGUGAGCCGGUGACUGACGGGUCGAGGUGUUUCACACUGGGAUGAGAGAGAGAGGUCGUAGCACUCCUCAUCACAUCGGUCAGGGUUUCGGGGUUUUGGUUUUUAGUUUCUUUUCCUUUUCUUUUCUUUUCUUUUCUUUUCUUUCUUUUUUUUUUUUUUUUUUUUUUUUAAUGGAACCACAGUUGGUGACACUGAGAACUUGGGGUUCCUGUUUAUCCUGCUUUCUUUGGGAUUAUUGGGCCAGGUCUAGCCAGGACCCCUUCUCUUUCCCAAGCAGAGGUAGAGACCUAAGGGGAGAGACAAGGGGUUGUCCCUUCUUUCUACCCAAAGAGUAAGCAGUCACUGAGCACCUGCUGCCCACGUCCUCUUCACUUCUAUUUCGGUUUUUUCCGUUUCCUUUCCCUUUGUGUUUGCUACACUGACCUCUUGUGGUCUCAGUGAGGUUCCAGUUAACUCUGUGUGAAUCACGCCAGGGACUAAUGAUCUCAUGUGUGGAUUCUGAGGCCCCUCUGCUUCCCCUCCUCCCCUUCUGAGAUUCCUUCCUUGUGAUUGUUAAGUUUCUCCUUUUCCUCCAAGAGGGUAAAGAGGUGAACUUAAAGAACUUGGUGAAACAUUUAUAAGGGCAGGAGUUUAAAACUGCAGUCAGUUGGUUACCGGUGCCAAGCGUGAUCAGAAUCUGCAGAUGAUGCUCUGUGACCUUCGGACCUUGCACUUUAGCUGGCUUGGGAGGGGCCGAGAGGCAGGGAAAGCUGCUCCUCGGGAAGUGCAUCCCUUCUCCACCCAAGCGGCAGGGAAGGCUGGGACUAGCCAACCAGGCCUAAAGGAAUUGCCUAAGCAGUAGAGGAGGUUUGUUCUGCAGCGGUGACACGGACCACUUCCCGGGGAGGCAGACGUGUCUUGGAAUGCUGCCCGUCCUCCUAAAGCAUUCCUAGGAAUUUGUCCUACCAACGGAGGGGAGCAGGACCAUAGACCCCCACGCCACUGGUAGGAAAAAGCCCAGGAUAAAACCUAGAGGGUAAAUCCUCUCUGCUCAGAUAAUCAGGACUUAGCAAGAAAAAGAGCAAAAAAUCAUGUUGGGUCUGAUCACCGUCCCACCCAGCGUACUUCUCAUGACAGUGAUGCCAACGGAAGGUGACGGAGUGAUGGGCAAAUUGGGAGUUUUAAAAGAAUGCCAUAAAUGUUGAUUCUUAACAGCUACAGAUAACCUGUAAUUGCACAGGUUUAAAAUUCAGACGUAAUGUUCCAUUGAUUAACCAAGUGCUUUUGUUUUGUCUGAUAGCUUCAGAAGGUUGUUCGUUCACAGACCUCAGGUCGCCCUGCCUGCUAGGGAAUCUUUAUAGGGUUGAUGCUCAGCAGUAGUUGUAGGUGAAAGGGCAGGUUGUCCUAAGACUGGGAGGUAGGACCCUUGUCCGCACCUCAGGCUAAUGCGGACUCUUGAGGUCAGAACCCUCGCCUCUCUGUGGAGUCUGGCUCUGGGCCGAAGCCAGGCAGACAUGCUCAAGAAAAGUAUAGAGGCCCUGGCCCCUCCAGACCUGAGCCUGCCCCCUUCCUCUGGAUGACUCCUCUGUCUGUCUGUGAAAGUCCCGAGCCAGUGCCCUCAGACGACCUUCCACCCCACCCCACACCCCACAAACCACUGACUAGCUCGCCCUCCGUCUGUCCCACCUCUUCAAACAGUAGAUACAUCCACGUCCGCACGGUUAGUCUUGUGGCUACUCUUCCUCUUUACUUUUGAUCAAGAUGAGGUAACACAAGUUUUAAAUACGCUGAGGAUGUCUUUGCGGAACACCAAAGUGGCCCAAGGGACUAGGAGGGAAACAGUGCCUGUCUUCUAGGGUGGGAGGGGCCUGCCCCCCAGUCCUGUGAAUCUGCCCAAGGCACGUGAAAUCAGCCCUGCCCCGCCCGGGAGGUAGCCCUUCUCCCUGGUACUUCGGGCUGGAGGGCAUCACCUACUGAUUCCUCGGCAUGUUCGGCCCCUCUGGUCUAUCUUGGGCAGUAGGAUCUCCUGCAGAAGUUCAGACUCAGCUGCCUCUUGUCUAGCAAACUUGCAGUAUUCAGUUUCUACUAUAGGAAGAGAGCAGGGUUUCCCCGUAUCCCACGUGUCUGCUGGAAACACGCCUGUGUCCGGCCCUGCACGGCCGCGCCCCACCCCCACCCCGCCCCUCUGAGUCACGCAGGACAGAGGAGGCAGAGCUCCCACUAGCGUGUUCUCUUGACUUCCGUCCCACCUUUGUUUUUAAUAAGCAGGACCCUCUUCUCCCCAGCUUUUUUUUUAACGAUCUUUGUAGUUGAUUUGUCUGAACUGUGGCUCUUGUGCAUUCUUUGAAUAAUCACUUGUAAAAAUUGUCGCUGCUUCAAGCUGUUUCCUUUACUCAUGUUGAAGGGACUUUGUUGGGUUUUGGGGUCUUGGCAGUGACUCCAAGAGCAGAGUGGGGAAGAGCCCAAGCGUAGACUUGGGUGCCACGAUGGCUGCAGUCCGUUUUAUGAUUCCGCUUUUGUGUGUCCCUUGGUAAAAGUGACUAAUAAUACACAUUCCUCAUAAAUAAAAAAAGAAAAGAGUCUGAAUUGUUAGAAA